AAGCCAAGUACUGUAACGGAAGCCACAAAAAGAAGCUUUUCAUAUAGUCUCCAAUCUUCUCUUUAAUCUCUACACUCCUACUGGAUCUAUCUCUUGGAGCCAUUUCGGAGAAGAGGAGAGAAGUUUGGGGAGGUGAAGCCAUCUUGUCUCAUUUCUUCUGCCAGGAAAUGGGAGACUCUUCUUGUCUUUUGCAGGACUAUUCUCAUGCUCCUGAAGCCUCCAAUCAGGACAGAGAUCAGGUGAAUUUAGCUUCAGCACUAGGGGGAUCGAUCUCUUUCGGGAAAUACUUGUCGGAGUCCUUGGACUGGGGAAAGUGGUCAUCCUUCUCUCACAAUAGAUACUUGGAAGAGGUCGAGAAGUACUCGAAACCGGGCUCGGUUGCUCAGAAGAAGGCUUACUUUGAAGCUCAUUACAAGAACAUGGCUGCUCGCAAAUCAGUCUCUGUUCUGGAGCAUGAGAAUGCCAUCACAACUACUGCCCAUGAAAGAGAAGCCAAUGACGGAUUCAGCAACGAUGAAAGCCACAUCGACUCUUCCGAUCCAGAAGUCGGAUCAAAAGAAGUUAGGGACAUCAUGACUACCUCCGAAGCACAGGAAAUUGCGACGGCGGCUGUCGAUGCUGGUAGCUCUAGCUCAGGUGGAGAAAACCAUGUGGCAGGAACCGGACAGGUGGAAAAAGCUGGUCAAAUAUUAGAAGAUGAGAUUCUGAAGGGGUCCUGUUCACAAAUUGAAUCCUCAGAUAUUGUUGAAGAUGUCGAAAACCAGAACAAAGUUUCGGUGAUCGAGCCCGAUACAAGCAGUCCUUCUGAGAAGCAACCACUAAAGGAAAGUUUUGUCACUAAUAAGGACAGUGUGGACUCAGUUGAAAUGAAAUCAAGAGGUCUAGUUUCGAAAUCAUCAAUUCGUAGAUCAUCCAGGCUCCCUCCUUCCCCUGCAACCAAGCUUCCAUUUUCCCCGGCAAGAACAACGCCAUCUAUUCAUCGAAUUAAAGAAAACAAUACCACUCCAAGCAGUGCUAGGAAACGUGGCAUGGGUUCGACAGAGACAAAGAAAUCAACUCCAAAAUCAUUGCAUAUGUCAAUCAAUAUAAUCCAAUAUCAAGGUGGAGCAACUACUACUUCGGAAAGUAGGUGCCUGUCGAUGCUUGAGAAGGUUGCGAACCCGAAAGCUGCUGGUGUUAUACCAAAAGCAUCUCAUGAAUGCUCACAUCAUUUUAGAACACCAACAAAGGCAUCUUCAAAUGGAGUGACAAAAUUGGUUUCUCUAACUCCUCUAUCGGAACAUGGAAGGACCAAAACACCACCAGAACAAUCAUCUUUUAAGAAGAAAAUAGCAGAUUUAAAGUUGCAAACACUCUCUCUCGAUUAUCCAAAAUCUUCAAGUAUUAAAGGACACAGACAAUGUAGCCCACUUGCGUCUUCUUUUAGCUUCAAAACUCAGCAAAGAGCAGAAAAGCGGAAGGAGCUUUUUCAUAAUUUGGAGGACAAAUUUGACAAAAAGGGGGCAAAGAAACUGCAACUUCAAGAAACAUCCAAGGAAAAAGCUGAAAGUGAAUCAAGAAAAUUACGACAAAGUCUGUGCUUCAAGGCCAGGCCGUUGCCAGAAUUCUAUCGCAAUAUUGAACCACCAAAAAUAGAGAAGAGAAAGGAAAAUGAUGAAAAUGAAUUGAAAAAAUUACACCAGAGCCUUUGCUUUAAAGCCAGACCAUUGCCAGAUUUCUACCACAAUAUUAAACCAACAAAAUUUGACAUUAAAAAGAUACAAUUGGCACAACACCAAUCGCCCAAACAUAGAAGGACAAGCAAUUCGAAAGCAGAUUCCGAGCUCAGCAAUGUGCCUCCUUCGAAACCUUCCUUCAGGAGCAAUAGAUCAAUCAGUAUAACAGAGAAGAAUGACCAUAGUGAAACACCAACCAAUUUGUAGUUCCACUACCAAACAACAUGACUAAGAGGCCACUGUCUUGCUAGAGUUUAAAACUUCAUGCGUUUCAGCAUUGUGUUCUGUAGGCUUUUGUGAAAAGAAUGUAUAUUUCAAAGGCUCAUUAUGAUCCCUGAUACAACUUAUUAGUCAUGUGAUUUAGUCCUUGACGUAGUCUCUUACUGUUCAAUUCUAGCUUGUUGUACUCUAGGCUUCAUUUUGCAUUGUUAGAACAAUGUGAAAAGUUUUCUUCAUGAAAUUGAAGUCUGUAAUUCCAUGUAUUUUAAUACAUACUAAAACAUGUUCUUUUUG